AUGAAGAUCAUUAUCUACCUCGGGACAAUUUGGAUUACUGCAACUUUUGCAAUUCCUACUUUUUUUCCAUAUCCUGUGUUGCAUGAAUUUAAUCCGCACCCUCUGCACCACCAUGUCAAGCACGUUAGGAUAGGAAUAGGCCAUGGUGGAAAAAUUCGACCUGGCGGAUUUGGUAAUGUUGGAAUACCUUUUGAUGAUGAGACAAGCAAAUUAAUUGGAGUUGAUUUAUCAGAUGUGGGCCAUGUUAUUGGAGCAGGAGGAUUGGGUAUAGGAGGCACCUUUGAUCUGGCAGGUGAAGUACAUGGGGCAGGCGGAGUAAGCAGCUCAACGGGGGUAGGUGAUACAAGCUCAAUAAGUGGAGGCGGUGCACUCAGUACAGCAAAUUCACAAGGUGGAGGAGGUGGAAUAAGUGCAUCAGGAUCGUUUGGUGGACUAGAUGGAUUUAUUGGAUCAGGAGGAGUAAACGGUGUGAGCGGGGUAAGCAGCAACUCCCAAGGUGGAGGGGGAGGCAUAAGUGGAAUAAGUGCAUCGGGAACAUUUGGUGGAGUAAGUGGACUUGGUGGAUCGAGUGGAGUAAAUGGUGCAAGCAGCUAUUCCCAAGGUGGAGGAGGAGGCGUAAGUGGAAUAAGUGGAUCGGGAGCAUUUGGUGGAGUAAGUGGACUUGGUGGAUCAGGUGGAGUAAAUGGUGCAAGCAGCAACUCCCAAGGUGGAGGGGGAGGCGCUAGUGGAAUAAGUGCAUCGGGAGCAUUUGGUGGAGUAAGUGGAUUUGGAGGAACAGGUGGAGUAAAUGGUGCAAGCAGCUACCAACAAGGUGGAGGGGGAGGCCUAAGUGGUGCAUCGGGUGCAUUUGGUGGAUCAGGUGGUAUAAACAGCGCAAGUGAGGCAAGUAGCAACUCACAAGGCGGAGGAGUAAGUGGACUUAGUGAAUCAGGUGGAGGAAAUGGUGUAGACGAGACAAGUGGAGCAGGUGCAUUAGGUGGAUCGAGCGAAAUAGGUGGAGAUGCUGUAUCGGGACAAGGAGAUGUAGCCAAUGGGGUAAGUGGAGUAUUCGGAGUAAGCGGAGUAUUUGGAGGAAGCGGGGCAGAUGGAAUAGGUUCAUCAGAUGCGCAGGAUGGAGAUCUUGGAAAAUCAAGUGGAGGAAGCACAACCAGUCAAAUAAACGAAGUAGAUACGACAAGUGGACUUGGCGAUAGUGGGACUAAUGAAGUAAGCAGGGAGAAUGGAAUAAAUUCAUCAGAUGCACAAGGGGAAGAAGUUGGAAUAGGUGGAGGAAGUACAACUGAUGAAGUAACUGAACAGGUCGGGACAAGUGUAGACACAACAAGUGCAUUUGAUGGAGAAGCUUUAUUAAAUGGAGACACUGAGGUAAAUGAAUCAAAUGGUACAAAUGGAGAUGGUGUUUCAGGACGCGCUGGUGCAUCAGCUGUAGUGAGUGGAGCUAAUGCAUCAAGCAAGGGGAAGAGGCCUAAUGAAACAACCAGAACGAUUGGGUUACCCUUAUUAGGUUCAUCAAGUCUCUUUGAUGAAGCAGUUGGAUCGGGUGGAUCUGCUGCGUUUGGUGGAAAAAAUACAUUCGGUGGAAUUGAAGGAGGAAUAGGGAGACAAGGAGGAGCUAAUGUACAACGUGGUGGAGGCACAUUAGGUGGAAUAAGAGCCUUUGGUAGCACAGAGAGUGGAGCAGGUAGUUACCGUGGAGCUGCUCAAUUUAGUGGACCAGAAGUAACGGGAGGAUCUAGAGCAGUUAGUAAACAAGAUGGAGCGGACGGAUUAGGUGGAACUGGGGUUUUAGGUGGAACUAGUGCACUGAGUGUGACAGGCAGUUUCGGUGGCGCUGUUGGAUUUGGUGGACCACGAGUAACCGGAGGACCUGGAGGAGCGGGCGCAUUUGGUGGAAUCGGUGGCCUUGGUAGAGCAAGUGCACUGAGCGGGUCAGGUGGUGUCGGUGGGGCUGUUGCAUUCGGUGGGCCAGGAGUAACAGGAGGAUCUGGAGAAGCUAGUACACAGCGUGGUGGCGGCGCAUUAGGUGGAAUCGGUGGCGUUGGUGGAGCAACUGCAUUGAGCGUGUCAGGGAGCUACGAUGGCGCUGUUGGAUUUGGUGGGUCACGAGUAACCGGAGGACGUGGAGGAGCUCGUAUACAAGGUGCUACGGACGCGUUAGGUGGAAUAGGUGACCUUGGUAGAGCAAGCGCAUUCAGUGGGGCCGGUGGUGCCGAUGGAGCUGUUGGAUUUGGUGGAUCAGGAGCAACGGGUGGACUUGGAGGAGGCAGUAUACAAGGUGGUGUGGCUCCACUAGGUGGAAUGGGUGACGUUGGUGGAGCAAGUGUACUGAGCGGAUCGGGUGGUUAUGGUGGAGUUGUUGCAGUUGGUGGGCCAGAAAUAACGGGAGGAUCUGGAGGAGCUAGUAUACAACGCGGUGGCGGCGCAUUAGGUGGAACCGGUGACCUUGGUAGAGCAAGUGCACUUAGUGGGGCAGGUGGUGUCGGUGGUGCUGUUGGAUUUGGUGGAACAGGAGCAACGGGAGGAACUAGAGGAGGUAGUAUACAAGGUGGUGCGAGUUCACUAGGUGGAAUCGGUGACCUUGGCGGAGUAAGAGGAUUAAGUGGUUACGGUGGAGCUGUUCCAUUUGGCGGGCCAGAAGCAACGGGUGGCCUUGGGGAAGUUAGUAUACAAGCUGGUGGCAGUGCAUUAGCUGGAACCGAUGUCCUUGGUGGAGCAAGUGCACUGAAUGGGAUAGGUGGUGUCGAUGGAAUUGUUGGAUUUAGUGGGCCAGGAGCAACAACAGGACCUGGAGGAGCUGAUAUAAAAGGUGGUGCGGGUGCACUAGGUGGAGUCGGUGGACUUAGUAGACCGAGUGCAGUAAGUGGGGCAUUCGGUGUUGGUGGAGCUGUGGGAUUUGGUGGGCCAGCAGUAUUCGGUGGACCUGAAGGAGUUAGGAUACAAGGUGGUGGGGACAGAUUAGGCGGAAUCGAUGAGUUUAGUAGAAAAAGUGUGCUAAGCGGAGCAAGUGGUGUCGGUGGAGCUCUUUCAAUUGGUGGGCCUGGAAUACCGGUGGGACCAGGAGGAGCUAGUAUACAAGGUGGUGCGGGCGCAUUGGGUGGAAUCGGUGUUCUUGGUAAGCCAGAUGCACUGAGUGAGGCAGGUGGAGCGGCGGCCCAUGGUUGGAAAGGCGGCUAUGCUGGAAGUGAGGGCGGAGCAAGUAGCGGAAUUCAAGGAACAAGUGGAGUAGGUAAUCCAACUGGAUUUAGUGGAAUCGGCGAUAUAUAUUUCAGCAAUUUGGAUAUUUGUAAAAUUGGGCGUCAUGAUUUACAUCACAGUGACCAUCACAGAGAGAAAUUUGAAAGGUUAUCAGCGCAUGGGUAUCAUCCACAUCAUCACCAUUGGUAAUAAUUAUAAUUAUAGAAAUGUAGAAAAAAAUAUGUAUA